AUGGUCGGCAAAAGGGAGGCGGCGCCGAAUGCGCCACCACCUCAGGCACCCCAGUCAGAGCAGCAGCGACAGAAGAAGCACCAGCAGCUGCUGCAGCGGCAGUGGGAGCAACAACAACAUCGGCAACAGCAACAUCGGCAACAGCAGCAGCGGCAGCAUCUGCCACAACGGCAGCAUCCGCCGCUGUCGCAGCAUCCGCCGCAGCAGCAGCAUCAGCCACCACCACAGCAGCUGCAGCAACAUCCGCAUCCGCAGCAGCAGCAGCAGGAUCUGCUCGCGUUUCAACCCUUCUCUUUCCUUAUAGAGGUCUCGUUCUGGCGUUUGCUCUCUGAGCGGAAACUGAAGGAAUGGAGGCUCAACACUCCGUGGGUGCCCCUUAUCGCUACGUACAGCUGCACAGCAGCGAAGCCGCUACAACAGCAGCAGCAUAAUCUGCAACACGUGCAACAAGGAGGGCAUCAUGCUGCUGGUCCUUGCAGGGUGCGCAUUGACGCGGAAGCACUGGAUAUCGUGCAUCACCUUCUUCAGGAGCAGCAGCAGGAGCAAGUGGAACAGCAAUUUGAGCAGCAGCAGCAUCACCAACAACCAAUGGGGCAAGAACAGGAGGAAGAGCAGCAGCUGCUGCUGCUCCGGGAAUGGCUGGACGGGGGCGAUGACUCCUCGCCUUUGCCAUCUCCUGAAGCUGCGGAGGCGGAAGCUGCAGCAGCAGCUGCUGCAGGCGCAGCAGCAGGGGCACCCCCUCCCCCUGGAGCAGCAGCAGCAGGGACCUCUAGGCGUUCCGCGUUGAUGUCUCUACCCCCAUUCGCUGCGCGGUGCCUUAAGAGUGGCACUCGACCCCUUGUGGGGCUUCUGCGUGUCUACAACAACAUGGAGGAUCUCGUUGCUGCAGUGCGCAGCAGAGCUGCGGCGCAGCGCUGCCUGCUGCGCCUAGAGGAGUCUAUCUGUUGCUGCAGCAGGUGCAGCCCCAACCGCCAGCAGCACGAGCACCAGCUGCAAAACCAACAGGAGGCUCAGCAUGAGCUUCAGCAGGAGUUAGAUCUUGAGCAGCAGCAGCAAGUCAUGUACCUACCUGUCAACGACCCCGCACUGUGGACGCUGCGUCUAUGCUGCCGUGACCUGGAGCAGCAGCAGCAGCAGCAGCAGGACAUUGAUUGCUGCACAGCGCCAUCAUCUCCCUUCACAUGGGCAGUGGAAGGGUUUGCUUCCCCAAGCACGGCAGCAGCAGCAGACGCAGCAGACGCGGACGGAUACUCAACAGAGGCCGCAGCUGAAGCCACUGGAGCAGCACCAGGAGCUGUCUCUGGCUCAGCGGAGGAGGGGGAAGUCUGCGCCUGCCGCGUGGUGUACGGACAGUUACCAGCGACUGCUUGGCCGUGCCGGUUUGUUUUGGAGUCAUUUAUAGAUCUCAAGAGACAGCGCGCUGUCUACUCUAUUUGCACACCAGCCUUGAGGCCGGCAGCAGACAUACGGCAGCUGCAGCAGCCGGUCCCCGCAGCGCCCCCAGUCACGCUUAGGGAACUUGUCGCGGAUUUGGAGUGUAGUAUGCACGAUAACCGUUCCCAGCAGCAGCAGCAGCAGCAGCACUUGCAAAGGGAGGCAUUUACUGCUGCGGAGCUUUCAGCAAUUUCGCGGAGAAUUCGUUCUCUGGACAGCAACACCUCCCCUUUUCUCGCAGGGGGAUGCUUCCUUCUUCUCAAAGACAGCAGCAGCAACCGCAACAGCAGCAGCAACGGUAACAGCAAAGGCGCGAGUGGCAAAAUGAAUAGCAACACAGGCAUUAGCGGCUGCUGCAACACAGGUGUCGCCUCUGAAUCGCUUCAGCUGCUGCCUCUGGAGCAGCUUGAAAGGCUGCGACACCUCUUACCAGCCUCACAACAGGAGCACCAGAUGGAGCAGCAGCACGAAGAGCAAGAGCUGUACUUAUGCGUAAUGGACCCGUCGUCAAAUCCUGGAGCAUUGGGGUGGCCUCUGCGGUGUCUGCUGCCGGCGCUGAGUGAAGGCUUCGAGCUGUUCGGACGGCGCCUCAAUGUUUUGUCUUUCAGGGACUGGCUGCUCGACCUGCGGGUGGAGAGUGCCGCUGCUGCAGCAGCUGCAGCAGAAGCCACUGCAGCUGCUGCUGCCCACGAGGCAUCGGAGGCCGCCGCAAAUGUCGCGGCACACUCGUCACCAGAAAAUGCUGUGGCAGCCCCACAAGCUGCAGCAAAUGCUGCUGCGGCAGCGAGGAGGGCAGCAGCGACGGCAGCAGCGGCUGCGGCUGCGUGGGGUCAGGUAGUGGAGCCUCUCUCGCGCAUUUUUGUUGUGCGUCUGCCAACAGCAGCAGAACUUUUGGGGGCCUUCACGCCUGCGCCUGCAGCAGUACCAACAGAAGCGCCAGAAGCAGCAGCAGGAGCAGCACCAGCAACACCGACACCGGCAACAUCUCCAGAAAGUGGAGCAGCAGCAUUACCACCACGCAAGGCAUCCAUGGUGCUCGGGCGGCUGAAGCGCGUAGUGCCGGGGGGUGUUCCUGGGCAUUCUUCAAAGAUAGAGCACCUUUUUCAUGUAGAUUUGGGGCGUUUUCUUGACCCACGAGUGAUGCAACAGGAGGCGGACAACCUGAACAUACAGCUCAUCAGGCAAGUGGAGAGUGCUGCCGUCCUUCGUCCCCGAGUCUCUGCAGUCACUGCGGGUUUUGGCAAUUGGCGCGGGCACCUUAGGCUGCGGAGUAGCGAGGCUGCUGGCCUCUUGGGGUGUCAGGGAGGCUUGGGACGCCUGAAGGCCGAGGCUGCGCGCGACGGUAUUCUCGCAGUCAGGCCCAGCAUGGAGUGCAACGCGGUCGUCCUCGACGUCCCCAUGCCUGGUCACCCCCGUUUCCUCCUAGGAGAUCUUCUGGAGAAGGGAACGGCCACUUUAGAGCGGCUUAUUGACUCGCACAAUGUUGUGCUACUUCUGACUGACAGCAGGGAGUCGCGCUGGCUGCCCUCGCUCAUUGUUGCGGAAAGACACAAUCGAUAUGCUGCGGGAUUGCUUCGUGGCAGCCUUGGCCCUCCCUUGGCUGUGACGGUGGCCCUUGGAUUUGACUCGAUGCUAGUAAUGCGCCACGGCUUUGGAGGCAACAAACUCGGCUGCUACUUCUGCCACGCCGUCAAUGGCCCCGCAGAUUCCAUUUCUCACAGGACAUUAGAUGAGCAGUGCACAGUGACUCGGCCAGGUGUUGGGGCUCUGGCCUGUUCUGUAGCCGUGGAGCUCCUUGCUGCUCUGACGCAACAUCCCCAGGGCUUUGCUGCGCCCCACACUGAGACUGAUCCGCUAGCAGGAGGGAGUGCUGCCGCUGCCGCCGGUCUGCAACGGCAAAAGCAGGGAGGCUUUUCCUGUUUAGGCGCCACGCCACAUAUGAUCAGAGCCAACUUCGCAGACUUUAGUUUGAUGAAGGAGCACCAGCCGCAGUGCCCGACUUGCUCGUGCUGCUCUCCAGGUAUAGUGUCUGCCUAUCGAUCCCAGGGCCUGAGCUUCCUGCGGGAAGCCACGAGUUGCGCCUCGCGGUUGGAAGAGUAUUCAGGCCUAGCUGCCUUCAAGAAGGGCCUGCAGCAGCGAGCCCUCGAAGUGAUUAAUCUGUCAGACUCGGAAUGA